UUCACGCUUCCCCGGGUCACCCGCCCAAUGCUCGCUGCUUCGCAACUCCCUUCCAACUGCGGAUUCCUCGACUCGGGUACCCUUCUUUGAGUUUUGCAUCAUGGCGCGUGUGGAGGGGGAGGAGGGUAGGGCGGGCUCCGACCGCGUCGAGUACCUCACCGGCUUCGGCAACCACUUCUCGUCGGAGGCGAUCGCCGGCGCCCUCCCUCUUGGCCAGAACAGCCCCCUGGUUUGCCCCCACGGGCUCUACGCCGAGCAGAUCUCCGGCACCUCCUUCACCUCUCCGCGCAAGCUCAAUCUGCGCAGCUGGUUGUAUCGGAUCAAACCAUCGGUCACGCACGAACCAUUUAAGCCCCGUGUUCCAGCACAUGAGAAGCUUCUUAGCGAGUUCGACCAGUCCAAUAGCUCCGCGACUCCGACUCAAUUACGUUGGAAGCCUUUAGAAAUUCCGGAUGCACCGACUGAUUUUGUCGAUGGAUUGAUGACAAUGUGCGGGGCUGGAAGCUCAUUCCUUCGGCAUGGAUUCGCUGUUCACAUGUACACUGCCAAUAAAUCAAUGGACAACUGUGCAUUCUGCAAUGCUGAUGGUGAUUUUCUAAUUGUUCCACAGAAAGGAAGGUUGUGGAUCACUACAGAAUGUGGAAAAUUAUUGGUAUCCCCUGGUGAAGCUGCUGUUUUACCUCAAGGAUUUCGUUUUUCUGUGGACCUUCCAGAUGGCCCAUCUCGUGGCUAUGUUGCUGAGAUAUUCGGCACGCAUUUUCAACUUCCUGAUUUGGGACCAAUAGGUGCCAAUGGUCUUGCAGAUCCGCGACACUUUCUUGUACCCAAAGCUUGGUUUGAAGAGACGUCUUGUCCAGGGUACACUAUAAUACAAAAGUUUGGUGGCCAACUAUUUACAGCAAAGCAGGAUUUCUCUGCUUUCAACGUGGCUGCAUGGCAUGGAAAUUAUGUUCCUUAUAAGUAUGACCUGAGCAAGUUUUGUCCCUAUAAUACGGUGUUAUUUGAUCAUAGCGAUCCAUCAAUAAACACUGUAUUGACAGCACCAACUGAUAAACCUGGAGUGGCAUUAUUGGAUUUUGUCAUAUUCCCUCCUAGGUGGUUGGUUGCAGAACAUACAUUCAGACCUCCCUAUUACCAUCGUAAUUGCAUGAGUGAAUUCAUGGGCCUUGUCCAUGGUGGAUAUGAGGCAAAAGCUGACGGUUUUGUCCCAGGUGGUGCUAGCCUUCACAGCUGUAUGACUCCACAUGGUCCUGACACCAAGACUUUUGAGGCAACCAUCGCUCGAGGAAACGAGGCAGGACCCCAUAGAAUUACCGAUACCAUGGCGUUCAUGUUCGAGUCGUGCCUAAUCCCGCGAGUUUGCCAUUGGGCACUCGAUUCUCCCUCCGUGGAUCCUGAUUAUUACAAGUGCUGGAUCGGACUCAGGUCCCACUUUGAAGGGAUGAAGAUUGAAGGCCACGAUACACACAACGGACAUGCAGACGUCUAGCUCCUGCCGUUGUGGUUUUGUAUGAGAACCUACCUCCAUGUAGAUAACAGAUAUAGAAUGAUCGUACAUAGUAAGCGUCUGGCAUAUGUGAGACAAAACUUGCCGUGGUUCUGUUGUCGCUCUUUUUGAGGUGAUGACAUGUAAUCUAGUCUGCUACCUCAUUGCGUGUAGUGUACCAGAUUGUGAUUACAAACGUGGGCACGUAAGGUUUGCAAUGGAUUGAAUGUUGCUUAUUCCUCCUUGUAAUGUUUCUUGUUCGUUCUUUAUAAAAGAAACAGAAUGUUGCUUGUUCCUACUUUGGUAA